AUGAAGGCUACUUCGCAUCCAGUAGGGAUUGAAAGGGUCCCUUCCAGGGGCGGCCACCUGGAAUCGCCCAAAAGGAGCACUGGGACGAUGGUCGAUGACGUCGUGUUUCCUCCCGACGUCUUUUCGGCGCUCUGGCGCCGCCCAGGCCGCGUGUCCAACAACCUCGUCGAUCGUGAGGGCAUCUCCGCCACCUCGUUGCGGAGCAAGACCGCUCCGGCGCGUCAAAUGGUGGCCAAGUGGAGUGGCUGGCGCUACAAACAUGACUCCGAGUCCGCGUCGGACUGCGGUAACGACUCCCACGCGGCCAACACUUACACUUCGGCGCUGUACAACAAGCUGUCGUCCAUGUUCUACGAGUUCAAGGGGUACAUGUACAGCAACUGGCAGAUGUACAGCGCGGGUCCGAGCGACAGGCCAGCAACAACUGCUCCAAUGGAGACCUGCAACGCGGGAUCUAAGCGUUUCAUGUGGCCCAUGGAUAACCUGGUUGGGCGCAAGGGCAACGCCGGGCCGUUCGUUGCCUUCAUCCCCAACUUCUCGACCCUGAACCCGGGUUACGAGUUCAGCGACGCGUUCGUGCCGCACCACGACAACUUCGUGGACUGCUUCGCGCUGUUCAUUGAGGGCGACAGUGCGUCUGGCAACCAGGCCGAGCCCCUGCGGCGCUCGGAGAGCAACACGUCCGUGGAGAGCAUGGGCGACAGCGUGAUCUGCGAGAUCGUGAACAAGGUGUCGCAAAAGGUCAUUUCCGAGUCUGGUCCGUACCAGUGCGUUUUCGAGGAGGAAAUCGACUCCCGUACGCAAAACGACAAGCUGCGCAACUUGAUGAGCGAGCUGCCGGUAAGUAGCGGCCGCAUCAAGUUCUUCCAAACCAUCAAGUCGCUCAGCAAGACUUGGGAGAACCGGUACCGGCGCCAGGGCGGCCCGGUUGCGAGGGCGUCUGACCCCGGUCCCACCGAUGGCACCAGCACCGCCAGCUACAUAAAGCAGCGCCUCGGCCUGUUCAGCGACUACCUGUCCCGGAGGUCCGAGGGCGCGCUCAGCGCCGCCUCGCUGAGGUCCUAUUUCGGGGGCCUGCGCGCGAGGCGUAACAGCGACCCCACAGAGCUGUCCCAAAGCGACGACAACGCCCGUAACCGCCUGGAGGAUCACAUCCAAGUGCACACCAGCCACUGGGACGAGUUCCAGUACGACGACAUCGAGGUCAUCCUCCGCGACGACAACAACAACUCGGUGGUGCAACUUCCCUACGGGUGCGUUAUCAUGUGA